CUCCAGUCUAGUGCCGUGCAUAGCAGCAGCAAAUAGUGGUUGGCCUGUUGGUACUCUAUAUCGUCCCUUCCAGUGUACCCGUCCUCCAGCCCAUUAUACAUUAUACUUGCUCCAGAUAAGACCAAGAGCGUCAUGGCCAACGCCUUGCCUCUCAUCGUCGCGCUGGUCGCCGCCGCCGGGUGCGCGGCGCUGGCUUCGGCCACGUCGUACACCGUCGGCGACUCGCAGGGCUGGACGACAACCGGCGUCGACUACAGCAGCUGGGCCAGCCGCAACACUUUCGUCGUCGGAGACACACUAGUGUUCAACUACGUGAGCAAGGCGCACACGGUGACGGAGGUGAGCAAGGCCGGCUACGACGCCUGCUCCGGCGCCAACGCGCUCAGCGACGACGACACCGGCUCCACCACCAUCACGCUCCAGACCCCGGGCACGCACUACUUCAUCUGCAACGUCCCCGGCCACUGCGCCAGCGGCAUGAAGCUAGCGGUCGCCGUCUCCGCCUCGCCCUCGGGCACGGCCCCUUCCGCCGGAGCCCUGCAGGUUCCGGCGAUGGCCUCCGUCGUCGCCGCGGCCGCGGGCGCUGCCAUCAAGCUCGCGCUCUUCUGACGGAGCACGGCCGGGUCGUCUCAGGGGAGAGACAGUGCAUGCAGGCUACGUUCUUGGCGGUUCAUAGUUUUCCGCUGGCGAUUGUUCGCCGCGCAGUUCAUGUAUGUAGUGUAUGCAUGUGUGUAUGCUACUCUGCGGUGGCGAGUGCUUUUUCUGAUGCCUCUGUCGUUGUGUGUUCAUCACCGUCGUGUGCGAUUGUUCUUUGGGAUGUCUUUGCCUCAAUAAAACUGCUUCAUUCUCCAGUAUUCUA